GUUCUUUGGUUCAUUUCUGAGUGUAGAGGCUUAUUUGGUUUUCUGAGGAUACUUUACCUUUGAUAUUUGCAAGCUCUUGAAUCAAUUCAUUAAGAAUGGAAUCAAAAAUCAAGAAUUAUUUGGAAAAUGUUGAGGGAUUCAUGGAUUACACACGCAAGAGAACAAGAACUGCUUCUGAAGUUGAUGACAAUACUGCAGAAACUAAUAGGCCAAAUUCUGCAGUUUCGGGUUCCCCUAACACCACAAAACAUAUUUUCAAUGAUACUCUUGAGAAGCUUGUGAUGUUUGGUGACUAUUGCAUGGACUCCAUAAGCAAUGCUCGAAAAGAGGACAAAGGUAAGGAGCUCGUCGUCUCAAGAAAUCAAAUUACGCCGAACCAUAGCUCUGAUCCCCGGAUGACCGAGUUCGAUAAUCCCGGUGCAUAUACUCGACAAAGUAAGGUGGACGAUUGGUCUGAGGCUGAACUAGAUGCUUUGUGGAUUGCUGUUCGGAAAUAUGGUGAAGGAAAUUGGAGCGCCAUGUUGGAAGAUAUGUCUAUGCCACUUUUAAAGGAUAAAACUUUAGAAGAGCUGGCUACAAGGUGGAAGGAAGAGGCGUCAAAGAUAUUUCCAGCAGCGGAGCCAUUACCGAUUAACACCGUGUUUUCUAAUGGAACCACAACAAUGCCCUUUCCAAGUCCAGGGACUGCAUCUCCUGCAUCUGGUUUUAGCUUUCUAAAGUUACUGGCUAAGGUGGAAAAUGAAAGCCUGAAGAAGAAGAAUAGUGACAUGAUUAAGAGGCUUAAUCAGAGGGAGAUGAUGAAUAUGGGAAGGCAAGAAAUUGUAGCCACAAUUGCAACUAAUGAUGAGGCUGUAGUUCAGCCUAAGCUUUUACUUUGUGGUCACUUUGAGCUUCCCAUUGUGAGAAUGAAGAAGAGUGCAGGUAAUAAUGAUGCAGGUAGUUCCAUGGAGAAUCCUAUUGAGAUAGAUGAUUGAAGAAGAUGAUUGAAGAAGGUUGUUAAAUUUCAAUGUAUGGCGAACCUCUUAGAGUUAAUAAGUGUCAUGGUUUGAUCACAAUAAUGUAUGUUAUUGAUUCUAUUUUGCAUUAAAAAGUACAGUUGGUUUGGAUUUUGAGACUA